GGCAUAUCAAUCCUUGAGUGUUCCACUUUUGACAACUGUACCCCGCCUCCUACAAUCAUGUCUGAGUGGGAAAUAUCUACGACCAAGUCGGAUCUUGUUUCUAUUGGUACACAUCAACUCUUUGUGUCAGUUAGCGGUCCGAUCCGACAUCUUUCUGAAGGCAGCGGGGUCACGACUAAGGAUCCCGUGGUCAUUUGCUUUCCUGGAUCAGGGGAAUCAUCAUCAUCCUGGCCCCGAGUGCAGGAAGGGGUUUCUAAAUUUGCAAGAAUCGUACUGUACGAUCGAUCUGGGCUUGGCAGAAGCGAUGAAGCCCCGGAUCUCCCAGGAAAAAAGGCUGUUGCUGCAGCCAAGGAGCUUUAUGCUUUGCUCAAAGUAACGCAAAUUUCAGGCCCAUAUAUUCUUGUAGCACAUUCCUACGGUGCUAUAAUAGCCCGAGAGUUUUUGCAUCUAAGUAGCGACGAUGUUGCAGGGAUGGUUUUGGCUGAUGGUGCAACCGAAAGGCAGCCAGAGUAUUUCCACCUUCCGGAUCCAAACAUCGACGCUGUUUUAGGUAAUCUUAAUUUUGCUGAGAUUACUGGAUUAAAGGCUGGUGCUCAGCUAUCACGCGACGAGUGGAAAACUAGGGCAAUCGAUAUAUUUCAAAGAUUCAAAGCAUACGCGUCUGAAACAGCGGCGUUUUAUGAAGUAUGUGCGACACUACGUGAGAAGAAACAGCUGCGUAGAAAAGUUUUGGGCAGUCGGCCACUAAGUAUAGUGAAGUGCUGUUCUGCAGCAGACUAUGAAAAAAUUUACGAAGCUGGGGUAAGAGCUGGAAAUGGGACGCCAGAACAGCAACAAAAGUUUCGCCAGUGGCUGGAUGGAUGGGAUAACUACUCGAAAAUGAUGCAGAAAGAGGUGCUGCAGCUUUCCACGUGUUCACGAUGGGUUGAUCUACCUGAUUGUGGGCAUAACAUAAAUCUCUGGAGACCAGAUGUGCUUGUCCGGGAGACCCAAUGGGUGAUUCAAAACAUGGCGUCCAAACCUUCCCUAUAAUACAUAUGCAUUGUCUUGUUGAAAAUAUUGCAAUUAUAUUGCUCCCAAGACUUAUUUAAAACCUUGGCUUGGAGUGUAGUAGUG